AUGGCUCCCUCCCACCGCCGUGGACCUUGGGUCCCCGAAGAAGAUCAACUACUGCUCCAACUCGUACGCGAACAAGGACCUAACAACUGGGUCCGCAUCUCUCAACACAUGCACUAUCGCUCCCCUAAGCAAUGUCGUGAACGCUUCCACCAAAACCUGAAGCCCUCGCUCAACCGGGAGCCCAUCUCCGCCGACGAGGGCCUCCUGAUCGAGCGCAUGGUCAAUGAAAUGGGCAAGCGCUGGGCUGAGAUUGCCCGGCGUCUCGGAAACCGCAGCGACAACGCCGUCAAGAACUGGUGGAAUGGAAGCAUGAACCGUAAGCGCCGUGGCUUGUCCACCCCACCGGCCUCGCGCACCUUCAACGGCCGCAUCGAGGCACCGUUCGCCCGUGCCUCGAUCGUGAGCCCUUCUCGUCCUCGCUUUGCGACUCGCCCGUGGGAAUCUUCUACCGAUUCCUCCGAGGUUUUCUCCCACUCACGCCGCGAGUCCACCGUCUCCACCACCCGCCAGCUCUCUCCCAUCUUUACACUCCGUUCUAUCAACCGCCCCAUCGAAACCCCCUUGACUUCGCCCGCCUUCUCCGAGGCCUCACAUGCCACCUCCAUCGAACCUCCCUCCAUGGUCUCGGAUCACAACUCGGUCUGCUCUUCUUCUCCUCGCACAUUGCCAUCUCCUCAACUCCUCCCAAUACCUGUGGACGUGCGCACCCAAUAUGAUGCCCGUCGGCCCAGCGUUGCCUCUGUUCAUAUCGUGGACGACUCUCCGCCCAGCUAUCCUUCCCGCUCGCUGGAAUCUCUUUCCGAAAUCGCCUCCAAGCGGCGGUGGAUGGAACAUCAGCCGGCAUUGGCCUCAUGGCACCAACCGACAGAUUCCCUCUCUAAGCCGUGGGAGACGAGACCAGUCGAGCCUCCUCGCGAUAACCGGAUGGGCUUGAACAAUCUCCUCAAUUAA